AUGCUCUGUGUUACAAGCCACAUUUCUCACUUCCUUUCCAACAGGAUGUUUACCGAUUGUGCCAAGUCCUUCGUAGAAGACGAAUUUUGUCCAUUAUGCGAAUCCCAAGUUGUCGAACUCCAUCAAGCGGACAAUGCGCUAAGGACCAUCCUCUAUUUCAAUAAUAACACCAAGAAUGUUUUUAAGCUUCCUACAGUUGUUAACUACUAUUGCACCAAGGGUCAUGUUUACGGAAUAUUUAGGACAACUGACAGGCCAUAUCCUCCUAUGGAGGGGGUUGUUCCAAUUGAGUCGCCUGUUCACCUGUGGUUGGAGGCUGGAGCCGAGAUCGAUCGUCGAAAGCUGCUGUAUCGUGUGCUGGAUGUGUGGCGCAAGGAACCUGAAGUCGGACAAGUCGUCAUCGAGGUGAUAUUUUCCACCAAUUUGCUGCCAGCCUGGUUUGUUGUGGUGUGGUGGUUGCUGUAA